GUGUCAGUGAGAUUGUCAGCAUAAAAAUUGGGUAUUUUUCCGAGCCCACUUAUUCUUCGUUUUCUGUGAAAAUAGCGAAAAUCUUGCUGUAUAUCCACUUUAAUUUCGUGCUGGAGUUCACCCAGAUUGUGUUGCAAUAAGUUUUUGUGCCGUAACAUACCCGUAGACACGCCAAACAGCAAAAUAUGUCAGAGCGUAGAAUGUCGGAAGAAUGCUGUCUCUGCGGACGCUUUCUUCACUAAUUUGGCGAUAGUGAGAGAUAGUGAGGGUCUUUCUCUACCUAUUGAUUAGUAUAUUUGCGAAUUUUAUCAGUUGGAAAUACGCCCGUGAUUGCCCUGUCUCAAUAUUUCCCUGCUGGGUUGUCCAUCUGCCCUAACCUCACUUUAUCACUACACAGCGAGAGACUCUCGAGAAGGGGCGGCUCUUCUCAGUACGAAGUACCACAAUGUCCUUUCCGGGAAGACCACCAAUUGUCCCCGGCAUGUCGUACAUGCCGCCUCCACUGAUUCCACCUCUGCUCCCGGCUGGGAUGCCACCCAUGUCAACGCCGCCGCCCUCCGGCAGGCCCUAUCGCAGCGGCAACUCCACCACCAUCAACUCUCGUCCUCAGAUGUACAACCAGCCGCCGGCUCUCGAUGGACCUGUGAUCACAGUGUUUAUCGGGAAUAUUAGCGAACGCGCUCCGGAGUCGAUGAUUAAGAAGAUCCUGGCUACUUGUGGAACCGUGCUAAAUUGGAAGAGAGUCUCUACGUUCGGAUUCUGCGAAUACGAUGGCCCCGUGGCGGGAUCUCGAGCUGUUCGUCUCUUGCAUGGCUUCGAGGUGGAUGGAAAGCGCCUUGUGGCGAAGGUGGAUGCGAAGAACAAGCAACUGUUGGACACAUACAAGGAGGAGGAGAGUCGCAACAAAUCUAGAGAUGGAGACUUUGAACAGAAGAACGAUGAGACAAUUUUAGGACGGAUUUCGGGAAUUCUCGUGGAGCACAAGGAAGAGAUACAGAAUUUCGUCGCUGCGGACAAUAAAGAAGUGUCGAGUUCGAGACACAACAAGAUCCUUAAUGACACGGACAUUGAGGAGGGGAAGCGUGACUUGAUUCACCGGGAGAUUGGUAAGUUCCGCAAGACGGCCGAGGAGGAGGAGCAGAAGAAGGAGAAGGAAAAGGAACGCGAGAAGGAUCGGGAGAAGGACAGGAAGAAGCGCGAGGACAAGGAUCGCGAGAAGCGCCGCUCGACGAGUCCGGCUGCCCGAAAAGAGAAGAAGCGGCGUCGCAGUAAGUCUCGAUCGCGUGAGCGCGAGCGUGAACGCGAGCGUGAGCGUGAAAGGGAGCGAGAACGAGAGAAGCGCGAGCGAGAGGCGCGUGAUAGAGAACGCGAGAGAGAGCUUCGAGAGCGCGAGGCGCGCGACAGAGAACGUGAGAGAGAGCGUGAAGAUAACAAGGUGGUGAAAAACAUCAAGGAUCUGCAGAAGGAAAAGGAGAUGGAAGACGAGUCGCGCGAGCGGAAGAAGCUGGAGAAGAAGGCUCGCGAGAAGGAGGCUGCAUACCAGGAGCGCCUCCGUAAUUGGGAGAUUCGCGAGCGGCGAAAGGCGAAGGAGUACGAGAAGGAGCGCGAAAAGAUGCGCUGCAAGGAGGAGGAGCGAGAACGUGAAGCGAAGCGCCUCAAGGAGUUUCUGGAGGACUACGAUGACGAGCGGGAUGAUCCUAAGUACUACAAGGGACGCGAGCUGCAGCGUCGACUGGCAGAACGCGUCCGAGAGGCGGAUAACGACGCUAAAGACAGAAACAAGGAACAGGAGGAGCUCGAGGAGCUGCGCAACAAGGUCUUCACAGGGGAGUACGAUAAUCCCACAUUGGAAUUCGAGAGGUUGAAAAAGGAACGCGAGGAGCUGUAUAAGCCUAAGAUUCUCAUUGACGUGAAUCUGGAGCAGUCCCAGCAGCGCGAGAGAGAGUUGCAGCGCGAAUUGGAGCGCGAGGCCGAGCGUCAGCGAGCCAAGGAGAGGGAGAAACUUCACAAGGAGCGAUAUGUGAUGGCGCAGGCGUCCAGGGAACUUGCGUCCAUUGAUGCAGAGCCCAUUGAUUCCGACUCGAGCGAGGACGUCCAGUCACCGUCACGCUCCAAUCAUCGUCGUUCCAAGUCCAGAGAUUCCAAUGCCAAUAGUCUCAAUCAUCAGAAUGAUGAGGAUUCUCGAGCGUCAGCACGUGCAUCCAGUCCCCCGGCAAAUCAUCAUCACCAUCUACACCAUCACCAUAAUUCCCAGUCAUCUGAGCGAUUAUCGGGGACGCCUCCCGUCUUGAACACGUCAAUGAUUUCGCUGAAUCUGGGCGAGGCGACGGCCAAGCGGAAGAAGCUGGAGAUGAAGGACGUAUUCAGUAUGGAUGACGAUGCCGAGGAGUCAAACGGGCCGAAGAAGAGGAAGCUCGUGCCGCUGGAUUAUGAGGAUAGCGGCAAGGCGAGUGCAGCUCAUAUGGGACAGAGUCAGGCGGCCGCAGCGGCGGCUGCUGCAGCUGCCAUUCAAGCUGGCAAGAAUUCGACGUCAUCGAGGAAGAAGGACGAUUCGAAGAAGGGCGGCGAGGAAGCGGCCAAGAGCCAGGAGGAGAGGAGGAAGCACAUCAAGAGCAUAAUCGAUAGGAUUCCCACGGAAAAGGAGGACCUCUUUAAUUACAAACUGGACUGGAAUGAGACGGACAACACGCUGAUGGAGAAGAAAAUACGACCGUGGAUCAAUAAGAAGAUUAUUGAGUACAUUGGCGAACCGGAACCAACACUGGUGGACUUUAUCUGCUCGAAAGUUCUCGCCGGAAGCACACCGCAAGGCAUUCUCGACGAUGUGCAGAUGGUCCUCGACGAGGAGGCCGAAGUGUUUGUUGUGAAGAUGUGGCGUCUUCUUAUCUACGAGGUGGAGGCCAAGAAAGUCGGACUGGACAAGUGAGAGAGGGAAGCUUUGAAAGUAUAGAAUUGCAUCGAAUGAGAAAUGAGGUUUUUUUGUGAGGAGCUGAAUGAAUGAUACAAAUUCCUUGUGGACAUCCUUAGUUGUAUCUUCAAAAAUCUACAAUUUUCUUAACACUUUCUCUAUUUUAUAAGAAAAGAUGAUGAAAAAAUAGUGACUCUGCUGAGAUUAGGAAAAUGAAUUUUAGUAAUUUAUAGAUGGAAGCGAUACACUUUACUGAGGAAAGAAUAUUCUCGGAAUAUGCUACAAUAAUAUUGACUACUUAGAAGAGCUGGCUGAGACGAUGAAGGAUAUAAAUGGAUAAGAGUAAUGACACAUUGAA